AGAGUCUCAAACUCUCAAGACCGAAGUGGGACCGAAGAAAGACGCAUAGAAGAUCUGCCCCCAUUCUGUUAUAUGUGAUCCAGCCGAUGAGAUCGUGCUUCUCGCGGAAACGAUGAUGCCGUGGACAACGGCUUCCAGGAACACUCCCCCAGCGAGGUCUCCUCCUCCAUUUCCUGCAAUUGAUGAGUUUCACAACUUGCGGCAGCAACAACAAAAUCUGCAGAAAGAGGAAGCUGCUCUCUUCGUUUCCGAUCAAAGGACUCUUUAUCUGGUCAACAUCUUCAUCAUGGACACAACUCGUUUCCUCAACCAUUUUUCUGCCCUGUGCGAGGAAAAGCUCGUCAACGUGCACAGGAGAAUGCUGAGGCUAGAUUCCUCUCUUACGCUGCUGGAGGAACAGUUGAGGAGCAGUUAUAGAGUUGAAGAAACUGAAGGGCAUUGUGUUGGCAUACAAGGAAUGAAUGAGCAGUAACUUUCACCAUGACCAAGACAUCACUGCCUAGUGUUACUCAAGACUCAAACAAACCUCAGUCUUAGGGGGGUGAAAUUCUGCAUUUGAGCAACCCAGGAAAAGUGUCCAGCCUUAACCAACUCUUCUUCCAUGAUGCUGUCCAUGGAGAAGAUCUCUUUUUUACAACUUAGAUCUCCCAAUAUAGAAAGUUGUUACCAUGGAUUAUCUGAUUUAUGAGUCUGUGACAGGUAAAGUGGCAGGGGAUGGUGGAGAUGGGUCUUUUUGUCUUCAGCCAAAAUAUAGGGUAAUAUUAAUAUUAUAAAUGAGGAAUGUUGCAGUUGAGUUUACAAAUUUUUGUUACCAAGGUCAAGUGUACUUUUGUAAUUUCAUAUAUUGAAGUUAAGUCAAUAGUUAAAAUUCAACAGGGAGGAUAUUUGUAGAAAUUUCUUCCACCUAUUGUCUGGUUGUACUGAGAAAAUAUACUGUUAAUUCCAUCAUCAUUUUCUUGUUGUCCAA